AUGAGUGGGACAAUCCGAGCUUCACAACUUGCCUCUUCCGUCGCUGCGGCGACAGAAGAAAAACAGCCAUCGGUGUUUGAUAUUAUUGCUCAGGAAAACCUUUCAACAUCGAUACGACCAGCUUUACAGCAUCUUGUUAAGGUAUGAAGAGUUAUGAAGCUGCGUGGAAAUUGAAAUUAUACUUUUUUCAGUAUCUGGCGAUUUUCAAACCAAAAACGUUUCUAUCAGUUCACCGGAACUUUGAUGAAUACUACCUUUUAUUCGAUUUUGUGCUACAGAACUAUUACUUGAAAAACUAUGGUGAGAUUUUUUUACCUUCAACUAAAAUUGAAUGAGUUCUCAUUUCAGGAGCAUCGUUCACCGAAAACUUUUAUUCCAUGAAAAGAGUGACAGGAACGACAGGACUGCCACCAACGGACGGAAGAGAACGCGUACUUUCCUUGAUCACACUUGUCGGAUGGCCCUAUGUCGAGGAUAAACUUAAUAAGUUGUACGACAGACUCAAGGAAGUCUAUGAAAUCAGAAGUUGGGCUUCGGUCAAGGUAUCUCCUAGUCAAAUCUUAAAUGUAUAUGAAUCUAAAGACUUUUUUUUAGGAUGUACGCUCGAAAUGCCAAAAGAUGUUUGUCGUAAUCUGGCCGUACGUCAAAACUAUCAUCAAAGCGAUCAAGAGCGCCCUCCAACUCGGCUACAUUCUCAAUCGCAGCUCUGUUCAUUCUCCGUGGCUCUACUUCUCCGGUGUCAUUCUGAAACACUUGACUCCAGAAGAUCUGGAAGCUUUCAACACAAUCCCACUUCACUUACAAACAGGGUAAUCAUUCAUGGUUUCAAAUAUUAUGGAUCCGCGAAGGAAUUAUUUCAGAUUCUUCAACCGUAUCUGGAGAUUUAUUCUGGGAUUGCCAGGAAUAGUCUCCAGACUCUUCGCCUAUGGAUUGUUCUUUGUGCAGUUUCUGGAUUACAUGUACAACACGGAUCUGGCUAAACUUACCAAAACUGGGCUCAAUGGAACUGUGCCACCUCCUCCACACAAAAUGGUUAGCCAAGUUUCAAUCAUCAUCAAAUCGGUUUUUUCCGCAGAUAAUCAAAGAAAGUGAAAUUUUGAGUCUGGACACUAACAAAUGUCCAAUCUGCAUGAAGAAGCGGGUGAAUGACACCGCCCUCUUUGUCUCGGGAUACGUAUUCUGCUACACAUGCAUCAAUCAAUACGUCAAUACAUACCAGAAGUAAGAAGAACCGUAAAAUUUCCUUAAAAAAUUAAUUAAUUCCAGGUGCCCAGUGACCGGAUGUCCUGCUAACGUUCAACAUCUCAUUCGUCUUUUUGUUUGA